AUGACUGUAUCCGCCCCCAAACCAAACCUGUCCUUCCGCCCCGCCACCCCGGACGACGUCCCCCUGCUCCUCCCCCUCAUCCGCUCCGCCUACCGCGGCUCCUCCUCCCGCAAGGGCUGGACGACGGAGGCAGACCUGCUGGACGACAAGCGCAUCGACGCCGCCGGCGUUCUGGCCAAGAUCCAGGAGCCCGAGGGCGUCAUCCUCCUCGUGACGGACGACUCCGCGCCCCUCCCCGUCACCACCACCACCAACGAGACGGAGAAGCGCGAGACCGUCUCCCAGCCCGUCGCCUGCUGCGAGGUCCUCCGCAAGGGCGACGGCAACAUGGCGUAUUUCGGCCUCUUCGCCGUCAACCCGGACCUCCAGGCCGCCGGCAUCGGCCGGAGGGUGUUGGAGUACGCCGAGAACUUCGCCAGGGAGAGGUGGGCCGUCCGGGGUAUGGAGAUGUGGGUUAUUUGGACGCGCGAGGAGCUCAUUUCGUGGUAUGAGAGGAGGGGGUACAGGAGGACCGGGAAGACGGCCGAGUUCCCUUAUGCGGAGCUUGUUGGGGGCGAGGCGCUGAGGGAUGAUUUGUACUUUGUUGUUUUGGAGAAGGAUUUUUAG